GGCUGCGUUUGUAAGGAGCUCCAGCGAAGGGUCUGAGGGAAGACAAGGGCCCUGCUGAUGACAGAGGGGCCCCAGGCGGUGUCCAUGUUGUAGGGUAAAGAUCAGUAUGGAACCAAGUCCUGGGAAACUAAAAGUCCCCGACUUCCUAUCUAACUUGGGAAAACCUACCUUGCGAGGUGUUCGGAAAUGCCCGCACUGUGGCACUUACAAUGGAACCCGUGGCUUGAGCUGCAAAAACAAGAGCUGCGGCACCGUCUUCAGAUGUCGAAACAACAAGCCUCCGCCUCGAGAUGCCGUGAAGCUUCUUACCGGAUCUGAUAUGCAGAUCUUCUCAGUCAGGCAGAGGGACAGAGGUCCUGAUCACAGAUGUCUGGUCGUCCUGGGUAUUUCUGAGACCACCAUACAGACUGCGGAAGGGACAAUCAUCACUCAGAUUAGCUCCGGCCGCUGCUUUGCCCCAUCUUGUCUUAAAGCAGCAGUUCGAGGGGUGGUAGAGAACCAGUGCCAGCACAUUAAGCAGGCAAUAAGCUGCCAUAUUGAAGCUGAGCCACUGCCACUGAAAAGCUCAGUGUUAAAUGCUAUGCAGAUCCCAACAGAAAUCAAGCAGGAUAUCUGGGUGCUAGCCAGUGAGUGCAUGGGGCCAUUGGUUCAGAGGGUGAACAAAUCUGUCCUGGUAGUGCGGUGCAAGCCUAGCCCACAGCACAGCCUGGGCUACAUCCAUGUCUACUUCACGCAGAGGUCUGGCACGCAGAAAGGAUCCAACCACCUUUUCCAGUGUUCUUGUGAAGCCCAAAAAACUGCCAAACCGACAUCAUCCAAGGGUGAAAAUGAGGAGAGAUGUGUGCACUUCUACACCUGCCUGGGGGCUUUCGCCAGCGAUGACGGCCUCACUGAGGAAUUCACCGAAUAUUUCUAUGUCAUGUCUGAAGGCGUUAAAGAGAUUACUGUGUUGGAGACAGACAGUAAGAUGGAUACUGUGGAAACGGUGGUGCAGAUACAUGAAGAAUCGGCUCCAAUGCUCAAACCCAAGAAACCAAGAAACGAGGAGUCUCCAGGUGCAAACUCUAUAGUCCAGGAUGUUGUUGUUCCGAGUCUGAAGAAAAGCACCCCAAAAAAGCCAGUGAUCAACGCUGCUACAAAAAGACCAGUGCCAAGUCAGCUGAUGAAUGAGUGUCAGGUGUCUUUGACCUUCCUAGACUGGUUGGCCAGUGUGACAGAAAGGAUCCAUCAGACCAUGCAUUUUCAGUUUGAUGGUAAACCAGAGCCAUUGGUAUUUCACAUUCCCCAGUCUUUCUUUGAUGCCUUGUCGCAGAGGUUGUCCAUUGGUCAUGCAAGGAUGCGCCUUCCAAACUGCACUACAGCUUUUGUAAGAAAAGAUGCUCUUCCGUUGGGGACCUUCUCCAAGUAUACCUGGCACAUCACUAACAUUUUGCAUGUUAAACAGAUCUUCGACACACCUGAGAUGCCCCUAGAAAUUACUCGAAGUUUUGUCCAGAACAGAGAUGGAACAUUUGAUCUAUUUAAGUGCCCGAAAGUGGAAGUGGAGAAUAUUGCAGAAACAUAUGGCAGACUGGAAAAGCAUCCUAUACGCCCUCUUGAGCUGAAAACCUUCUUGAAAGUUGGUAACACUUCUCCAGACCAGAAGGAGCCAACUCCAUUCACCAUUGAGUGGAUCCCAGAUAUUCUGCCUCUGUCCAAGAUCGGAGAACUGCGCAUUAAAUUUGAAUAUGGCCACCAUCGAAACGGACCAUUGCCAGAAUUCACUGACCCUUCUCCCCACGCCCUGGAGCAAACCCUAGAGAUCACACCUCUCACCACCAUAACAUUUGAUUAAUUCUGUGCAGUAACGACCAGCAAGAUGAUGCUGCCGGAGCUGUCAUCUUUUUCUGUUGAUUAGUCAGAUGCCAAAGGAGGAGCACCUGAUCCGUUGAGACAAAUUCAGGACCAUGAAGGCUUCUCGUGCAUUGAUAUGCAGGGUUCUUCUUUUUGUAAUCUUAUUUGCUGCUAUGGUACACUGUCUUCUGUGUGUAUUUAAAUAGUGUCUGUGUCUUCAUGAAACAGCCAAUAUUGGAAAUGAGUCCAAGGAUGGAGGUUUAAAGAUUGGACUCUUGCUUAGUAAUGGGGCUCAGGUCACCCCAUGAGUUUUGGAUGCAGUGUUUUAGAUAUCCGUUUUUGGGAAAUUCUGUGUUUAAGAUUUUAUGGGCCCUCAAUUUUUACCUGUGGUCGUUUGACGUGGAAGGUUUACAGCUGUCUGCAAAAACAGAUAUCAGAGCAACCAUUUUCUGAUAGGCCUCAUUCACAUUUCUGUUAGGAGAUCCUGCAGACUGUUACGUCACAGAACAGCCGGCCCGAUCUCGCAGGAUCUGGUGUUGCUGGAUCCUCUACUUCACUGCUGGAUCCCUAUUGACUGCAAUGAGGUCCGGCAGUGAUCUGGACGAUUUCCAGCAUAAAUGCUGGGUUUUAGCCGGACAAAAAACGUUACAUGCAAUGAUUUUUGUCUGGCCGACAGCCGACAUUUGUGCCGGAUCUCCUAAACGGACAUGUGAACGCGGCCAUAAAGAGUCUGAGUGGCAGGAGAGGAUCCUCACCAGAAACAAAAGUGUUUGCUCUGCCAAAACCUUUUGUGGAUUUCCUGUCUCAUUUUCUCUGCCUGCCUCUUUAAAACCCGUUUUUUAUCCCAAGUGUAUAUAGUUAACCCCUUUUUGAGGGCAGUCGUAGUUGAUCAUGCAGGUGGAAUGUUACUGUUAGUUUACCUUGACUGAACAAAGAAAAGUAAAAUCCCUUUGAAGACUCAGAAUGAGAGUUGUAGUCACACAAACUGAUAUGAGCAAAGGUUUCUCCAUUUUCUUAUUUUGUCUGUUCCAGGCGUCUGCGCUUAGACUUUGCGAAAAGCAGGAAUUGUGUCCAAACAGCCCCACCCUUGUCCAUGGGCUCUGCUUGGAACUGCAGCUGAGUUGUUUUCAAGUCAGUAGCAAUAAGUUGCAAAAUCAGAAAUAACACAUGGAUAAGAGAGGUGCUCAUUCUGCAACACCUUUAAACAGUUCAUUUCCAACAAAUAUUUGUAAUACAACAACUAUAACCACUUAAUUUCAAACAAAUAUUUUAUACCUGUCCCUUUGCCUUUAGACCCCGCUAUAAUUUUUAAUAAUGCAAGUUGAAUACCAUCACUUAGCAUUACGUGUUCUCUGAUCAAUUGCUUAAUCCACAGUACCCCAGCUCCAGGCUUCUAGUACCCCCAAUAAUUCAUGUCGGGCUUUACUCAGAUCAUAACCUGUUGGGGGUACUGGCCCGAUCAAUCUCCAUUUUUUUCGUUGGAGAGAAAUCGAGUUAAAGGGGUUCUCUGGGAAUUAGGAAAAUAAAAUUACUGAAAAUACUUAAAUAUUACUUUAUAAUAAA